AUUUUUCAAACAUAACCUACAACCGUCGUAGACGAAUACAAAAAGUACAGAAGCUAGGUGUAGAUAAAAUUUGCAACCAUGGUUCUAUGUAACGUUCAAUGUUUAGAAAAGAUUUCAAAUUACUUAGACGUAUCACCAGUACAGUCAGAAAUGCAUGAAAAUGUAGUUGUUAGCACGGAACAAACGUCUAAUAAAACAACUGAAGGAUUUGGCACGAUAAUUCAAUCAUUGAUCAAGAGUUCUAAAUGCCCUGAAAUACUUGGUAGUAACAGUGAGGAGGAAGCUUUAUCACGUCAAUGGCUCGAGUAUGCUGUAGUUUGUAUUAAUUAUGCUGAUACUCUCGCUAACACGAAGAGGAUUUUACAGGAACUAAAUAUUGCUCUGAGAGACAACACAUACCUAACUGGCACAAAGAAAACUAUUGCUGACAUAACAUUGUAUUAUGUCCUACACUCAAUAAUGCAAAAAUUGACUUACCAGGAAAAGGCUCAGUAUGUGCAUGUGUCAAGGUGGUUUGAUAACAUGCAACAAGAGAAAAAGUUAAGGCAACAAUUAGAUAUGAUUUCCUUUUAUCUGUUACAUUUAUUCUUAUGAAUUUGAAAUAUAUGUGCAAUCAUGGAUUAA